AUUCGUUUUUGUGUAUAGACAAAAUGUGUUUUCAUUUUGUUGUCUGCCACAAUUUCAUGAAUAACAACUAAACAACUUAUCUGAUUGUCAAAUGUGUGAUCGACUGCUUUUUAUUUCUUGAUGUGGCAAUAUUCUUAAUGGUUGCUAUUUAGUGAGUUAAAGUGUUGUAAAACGAAGAAAUAAUAUCAUUCUGAACACCUACACUCCGCAUUGACCGUAAACAAACUCACUGUAAACAAAAUUUGCAAAUUAAUAAAGAAGACGUAAGAUGGCAAUACCCAAGCGCUUGCUGAUAAUUGACAACGGAUCUUAUGAAUGCCGUGUUGGAUGGCAUAAUAGCAAGAAACCGGACUUGCGAUUUCGCAAUGUACUUACCAAGCCGCGGAAAGAUCGGAAAAAGGAUAGCAACCAGUUGCCGGAUUCUUCUGCUACUCCUGCAACAAUCGUUGACGAACUGAAAGCUAAUGCAGAAAUCCAAAUUGGAAAUGAUAUAACAAACAUUGAAGCAGUGCGAGCUCAUCUCAAGUCACCCUUUGAGCGCAACGUGGUCACCAAUUGGAAUCAUCAGGAGCAAAUCUUUGACUACAUCUUCAGUAAAAUGGGCUUUGAUGGGGAGACGAGCAUUGACCAUCCCAUUGUCUUAACCGAAGCGUUGGCUAAUCCCAAUUCGUGUCGCCGCCAAAUGACCGAAUUGCUCUUUGAAUGUUACAAUGUGCCGGCGCUUUCUUAUGGCAUCGAUGCACUCUACAGCUGGCAUCACCAUCAACAACAACAUAAAUCUGUUUCAGAUGCACUUAUUAUAUCCUUUGGAUAUAACACGACACAUGUGAUUCCCGUUCUAGCAGGCAAGAUGCAGCUGCAACAUGUUCGUCGCUUAAACGUGGGUGGAUUUCACAUAAAUAAUUAUUUAUUUCGUCUGAUGCAAAUGAAGUAUCCAGUGCAUCUAAAUGCCAUCUCAAGUCGCAUCGAAAAACUGGUCCAUGACCAUUGUCACAUUGCAAAGGACUACAGGGAUGAACUGCUAAAGUGGGCUCAAUUGGACUACUACGAGGCGCACAUUAUGAAAAUUCAAUUGCCCUACAAUCAGGUAACAGCGACCAAUGCACUGCUCACAGCAGAGCAAAAGCAGGAAAAACGCCGAGAGCUUGCGUUGCGACUGCUGGACAUUAAGAAUCGUCGAGAACGUGAAAAGUUACAGGAAGAUGAGGAUUAUUUGCUGGUGCUGCGUAAGCUAAGGCAGCUCCAUGAACAACAGAAAUUGCAGAAAUUUGAACGUGCGUUGCAACAGCAGCAAGUUGCUAACCUGGAGGAACUGGACAAGCUAAUCGGCACGAUAACAGCGCGCAUUAAGCGUGUAAAGGAACGCGCCACUGCUCAACCGAAGCCCAGUAAACAGCAAGAUAAGCUAGACAAACUUCCCAAACCGCCAGAGGGUGUAUCGCAAUCGCAAUGGCUGGCGGAUCUGCGUGAGAAACGGGAUCAGCUGCAGCAACGAAAACAGGCUCGCCAGCAACAGCGACAAGAGCAGGCUAAGCGUCAUACGCAUGCUGCACAGGAGCGAAUGAGGAUCAUCUCAACACUCGCCCGCAGUGAAAAACGGCGCAAGGCAAACGGCGGAGAUGAGGAAGACGAUGGCUUUGGCAUGAACGAUAACGAUUGGGAUGUAUACAAACGAAUCAAUCGGUACAACGACGACAGCGACUCCGAUGCGGAAAAUGAACGGAUGCUUGAGUAUGAGAAGAUCUUGCAGCAUUACGAUGCCAACUUUGAUGAUGGAAGCAACAAUGCGGCCAUGCAAGCACUUAUUGCGGCCGAGAACUAUCAGCUCCAUUUCGGAGUCGAGGCUAUACGCGUGCCGGAGAUACUAUUUCAGCCAAGCAUGAUUGGUUGCUCGGAAGCGGGUCUCGCCGAACUGAUUGCGUUUGUGUUGAAAUUUUUCACAGGCGAGGAGCAGCAGCGCCUGGUUGAUCACGUCUACCUAACGGGCAGCUGUGCACAAUUUCGUGGCUUGAAGGAAAGACUGGCUAAGGAAAUGCUUGAGCUGCGUCCAUUUCAGUCCAGCUUUGCCAUCUAUGAAUCUAACGAUCCUGUGUUAAGCGCCUGGCUGGGCGCCUGCUUACAGGCGAAUGGAAAGAGAUUCAGUGAGUCUUUAACCACAAAACAUCUUUACCAAGAGCAUGGCAGCGAGUACUUUAGGGAGCACAGUGCGAGCAAUAUCUUUUAUCCUACACCAAAAGAUUAGAUUUUAUUAUUUAUAACGACCAUCCAAUUAAAUGAUAUUUCAUAAU